AUUGUCUCUGCGCUUGUAUAAGGAGAUGUAUGCAGUACAUCGUUUGUCCUUGUUGGUGAAAGAAAAAGAAUUGUUUCUUCAUGAUUGGAGCUUCUGUAGUCUUCAAAAAUAAGAAGCUUAGGUUUUGAUUGCAUUGUCCUUGCUUAGAUUGUAGUAGUCGCCUUAACUAGUCCCAUGUGGCAUAAGCAGAUGCAAUCUAUAUGCAGAAUGUUGUAGGUUUUCAGCUUCAGCAAGCUCUAAAUAUUUUGUGGAAUCAAGUCCAAAAGAUUUUUGUGAGCUACAUAAAAGAUAGCUAAAACGGGGUCGCUUUGUUGUGUGGCUGCCAGGCCACAUGAAUCCAAUGCAGCCAGCAGGGAGUUGUCAAUGGGGACACACGAGCCUUACUGGCAAACUAAUUCAAGCUUCUCACCUCCCCCAAGGUGGGAUUUCCGGUUCCAAAAUGAAGGGCUAUCAUUUGGUUCUCAUGAAGGCAUUCAAUUGUAUGGUUCUUCGACAUCGUCAAAUAGUAGAGAAAGUAGGAGCUGGAUGAGAGGAAACCAUUCUUCCGGUCACCAAUAUGUGACAUCUGAUGCUGUUGGGCCAUACUUCAGUAGUCCUUCUGACAUUUCUCCAGCCCCGCAGUGGACUCAGCCCACCAUACAUGACAUCAGUGUUGAUGAUUAUGGAACUUCAAGGAGAGUUUUGGGGAGAUUAUCCUUUUCACCAACAAUGGAGGGAACAUCAGCAGCUCAAGAUGGCGGAGGCUCUACUUCAUCUCGAUCAGACAGUAGUGACUAUGGGCCAGUGAUCAAGUCUAAUUCUUCUCAUCGCCACUCCUCAAGUCGGCGUUACUUCAUGUCGAAACUUGUUCAUCCUGUGUCCUUUCCAUCUGAAACACCUCCAAUAGCAACAACUGCUGAUGCCACAGCCACUGAGCUUUUAGAGUUUGAUGCCACAACUCCGCAUAUAGAGAAACAUCGUUUGAGCAGUGCUAGUAGCAGUGUCGAUUUCAAAGAUGUUUCUGAGCCAUUUGAAUUUGAUGGUUUUGGUCGCUCACAUAAUCCAUCUGAUGAUUUUAAAUGUGCAUUAUGCGGAGGUUUCUUUCCCAGAGAUCACCUUGGAGUUCCAGUCGAAUUGUGAGAAGUGGAGAUAUGCCCAUUGCUGGAGUUCUUUCAUGCCGUCAUGUUUUCCAUGCUGAAUGCUUGGAGCAAACAACACCAAAGACAAGCAAAAAUGACCCUCCUUGCCCAGUCUGUGUGAGAUCCAAAGAGGAAAGUUCCCCAGAACCGCGUGUAUGUUCUAAGUUGAGGAAUGGUAUUCCUAGGCGCAAACCUUUAUAUGAGGAUGGGCCAUCUAGACCAUGGGGCUGCUCUCAGGCAGGUGAUUGUGUUGAGGGGGCUUUGCAUGCACCACCUCGCAAUUCUAUGGUUUUACUUAAUCGAAAUCGCAUGAAAAAGAAUCUUUCCUUGAAAGGUUAUUCAGGCAAGGAAUUUCCCGGGAAGUUGAGGAAAAAUGGCUCAUAUUCUUCACAACUAUGUAUUGGAUCAGUUGAUCAGGGAGCAGCUGGUUCAUCAAACACAAAAGCGGGCUCUGCUAUGAAAUGACGGUGAAAAUUCUGUACAUAACUGCAGGCAGAUUUUCCAGGGGGAUUGUGAUCUCUCAUUUCUGCUGUCUGAUUGAUUCUAAAUCUUGGUUCAGACAUGUUGUAGUCUUAAUGUAAUGCAUGUGGUUUAGAAUGAUUGUCAAGACACAGAUUUCGAAUUUGCGUUUCAUUGCAGGGUUUUGUUUAUGAUGCCAAAUGAAAUCCUGUGGGAAAUUAUCGUAAUUACUGGUAUGUCAUAUCACUGAUUCAUUGGUAAGGUUUUUUGGAUUGG